AUGUUCUUGAAAUUCACGCUUCCGCUGGCGUUCAUCAUAGGUUACAUGGUAUACUAUCUCUAUGAGCCGCAUGGGAGCAUCGGCCUCGUAUUCCAUCAACGAACAUGGAUACAGCGCGAAAUACUCCCAUUGUCCCCACUUGCAGGAUGUUUCGAGCCCGAGCGCAUUAGCACACUGUACAACAUCAGUGACGCCGUGUAUGGCGGGAAACGGUUUGAGGUUCAGGCAGGUGUACCAUUGCGAAUGGGUAUGGACUGCUACGAGUUAGCAGGAAUAGUAAGAUUUGCAGAAGGGGAACGAAAGGCAGAGGAACGGUAUAUCCCACCAGAGGAGCGAGCACAGUUCCACGCAUAUUGGCGCGUCGAUCUUGCACCCCUCGGUGAGAGACAAGAAUACAUGCUAAAGUCAUUCUUCGCUACGCAAGACCUGCCUCGCUCUCGUCUAAUGCUUUGGUCAAACGGCGAUCUAUCACUCAAUUCAAUCGUGCAAAAGUAUCUCGAACUGUUUCCUAGCUCGUUCACACUUCAGAUAGUGGAUAUACCUGAAUUAGCCAAGGGUACGGCAAUGGAGAACCACCGCUUACUCAAUCUCGAGGACAAGAAAGCAUGGGUGGAUGGCGACCUCGUCCGCUUACUUGUCAUCUGGGCGUACGGCGGCGCUUGGAUAGACGUGGACAUGCUCCUAACCCGAGACCUCUCUCCAUUGCUUGAGCACGAAUUUGUAACGCAAUGGGACUGCUACGACAAGAUUUACCAACCGUUCAACGGUGCGCUUAUGCACUUCCGCAAGCACUCGCCUUACCUUUGUGAAGCCUUCCAUCUCAUGGCACACAGCACUCCCCCGCGUUCUCCAAGUACUGAUUGGGGUUCAGUUCUUUACCAUAGGCUAUGGCGGCGCCUCCUCAACGAAUCCAUACCCCCCUUCAAAAUUUUACCGUUCUGCUUCUCCGACCCUCUGGUAUGUCGACUCGAUAACAGAGCGCCAGAUCCGUUUGAGCCUGAUCGCAUAGACGGGAAGUGGACUGGCAGACCUGGGGAGGGGCUUGAGGAGGGUGGAGCGCUAGAUAGGGCACUAGGAAAGAUAUUUGCCGUCCAUUUGCAUAAUAGGUGGGAUCAAGCCUUUCCCAAGGGCGGCUGGGUGGACCGGCUGCUGUUGAGGAAGCACGAGGAGGAGAUAGAGAGGAGGGUGCGAAUAAAUGGUAAUUUCUGA